CUUUUUUUUUCACCCACACAGCUACCAGACCCAGGGACCGUCUCUGAAUGCACCUCCAGGAAGCCAUGGUAACAGAUGUGCUUCUCUCCGUGUGAUUCGGGUUCGUUUUGGCUCGUGUCUGCUCCCUUCCUGCCCUCGUGCCGCGGUGACGGACAUUUGGUUCUGCUCUGACCCGCCCCUUCCAUUCAGCCAGGCAGCAUCUUCCAUCGGGUCCAACAUGACGUCCAUCAGCAGGUACCGGAGCCGCGCGCUCCGUGCAGAGGAUUCGGAGGACAGAGAGUAUGUGGGCUUUGCGACGCUGCCCAACCAACUGCACAGGAAGUCAGUGAAAAAAGGCUUCGACUUCACACUCAUGGUGGCAGGUGAGUUUGGUCUGGGUAAAUCUACGCUGGUCAACAGCCUGUUCCUCACCGACCUGUACAAAGAGAGGAAGCUGCUCAACGCUGAGGAGCGAAUCAAGCAGACGGUAGAGAUCACAAAGCGCACGGUGGACAUCGAGGAGAAGGGCGUGAAGCUCAAGCUCACCAUCGUGGAUGUGCCAGGUUUUGGAGACGCUGUCAACAACACAGAGUGCUGGACUCCGGUAACAGACUACAUCAACCAGCAGUUUGAACAAUACUUCAGGGAUGAAAGUGGAGUGAACAGGAAGAACAUCCAGGAUAACAGGGUCCACUGCUGCCUUUACUUUAUAUCCCCAUUUGGACAAGGGCUCCGCCCCAUCGAUGUGGAGUUCAUGAAGGCCCUGCAGGAUAAAGUCAACGUGGUUCCGCUCAUCGCUAAGGCCGACUGCCUCACGCCUUCUGAGAUAAAGAGGCUCAAAGAACAGGUGAGGGAAGAGAUCGAUAAGUUUGGGAUAAAGAUCUACCAGUUCCCCGACUGCGACUCUGAUGAAGACGAGGAGAUCAAACAGCAGGAUAAAGGGCUGAAGGAGAGCCUUCCGUUUGCAGUGAUCGGCGGGAACACUGUGCUGGAGGUCAGAGGUCAGAGGGUGAGGGGCCGCCUCUACCCGUGGGGGAUCGUGGAGGUGGAGAACCCGUCCCACUGUGACUUCGGGAAGCUCAGGAACAUGCUGAUUAGGACGCACAUGCACGACCUGAAGGACACCACCAACGACUGUCACUAUGAAAACUACCGGGCCCAGUGCAUCCAGAACAUGACCAGUAAGAUGAAUGCGGAUAAGCGUGUGGAGAGUCCCAUCCCGAUCCUGCCGCUGUCCACGCCCGCCGUGGAGACAGAGAAGCUUAUCAAGAGGAAAGAUGAAGAACUGAGGAGGAUGCAGCAGAUGCUGCAGAAGAUGCAGCAGCAGAUGCACGGGCAGGACCUGUGACCUCCAAUCGGCCCUUUUACAGCAGCUAUAAUCUCACACACACACGCGCACACACACAGUGUAACCCACACUGCUCCCCUUCUUUCAGGGACGAGAUGAGGAAAUCUCUCUUUACUAAUUAACAGAUAAAGUGUUUUUAAGACAGCAUGCUUUCUCUUCAGUGCAGUCCUCAGCCAAGUGAUCUAUAGAUUUUUAGCCAGUAGAUUGAAGUUAUCAGAUAGGCCAAAGUAGAUUAACAAAGUAGAUGCAGCGCUUUGCUGAAAUACUGAAUAAGUAUUCCAACAGUGGUCAAACGUUAUGAUGCUUUUGAAUAUUAAGAUCAGAAAUUUGAAUAUUCUUAGAAACAGGAAGCGGGUUUGUCAACUGAACAUAUCAGAAUCGAGUUUUCAUAGUUAUUUAAAGUCAUUAAAUAUAAGAAAUAAAGACUUCCUGUUGUGACAGGAAAAAACAAAAGCACAAUAUUAGAUGUAGAAGUCUUGAGUUAUUGAUGGUGUUUGGAUAAAUGAUUCUCACCAAACUGUAAUGAGACUCCUGUCAGUUUUCUAACAGGGUUCUUUGUUCACAGAGCAUCAGAGGUUUGGGUUCCUCAUCAUGGUCUUUAUUAUCAUAUUCAUCCUGAACUAUGAAUGAUGCGUUUAUGCUGCUAUUUAAGAUGCAGCUUCAAUGAAUCUUAAAAGCAAGAAAAGGUGCACAUGUUUGAAUUUAUGGUGGACUUUCUGAAAUCCACAUAAGCUCAAAUGUAUACAUACCCAGUGCAUAGAGUUAAUAACAGAUAAUGUCCCUGUUUUGCAGCUUGCGGUUGGAUAUCAGAGUUUCUUAUUAGAACCGGUGGAGUUCAUUUUAAAAGGCUGGUUUCUGAAAACAGAAAGGGCUUUUUGGUAUAAUUCAAAAAAGUUUUCAUUGACCUGACGUCAGGAAAUUGUAGAAAUAUCAUAUUUUUUUUUUCCUAACCCACUUUUGAUUCAGGGUCACUGAACAUCAAACUUUUUUUUUUUUUUUACAAUAUAUUUAUUAAGAAACACAGAAAAUAUACAUUCAAGCAAACAUUGAAAACCACCAGCCCCCACAGUCAACACUCAGGAUAUAAGAUACAAUAAAAUUCAACAAAAAAAUGAAAUAAAAAAAGAAAUUAAAUGAAAUGAAAACUGGGGACAAAGUAAAAAUGUAUAGAUACAUUUUUGCACAAUAAAGUUGAACUUCUUCAACUCUAGGACCUUGAUAAGGUAUCGCUCUCUUGUUAAAAAAUGUAGCUGUAUGAAUUUAUAUUAAUCUUUGGUGUUGUUCUUUUAUUUAAUUCCAUUACAUUCAUUCAUUUCAGCUUGAUUACUUUACAAAAAUUGCAUGAAGCUCUCUCAGAUUUCCUUAUAUUUACUGUUUUUUCCUCUAACAACAUGUUAAUUUCUCUGGAACAUCAAACUCAUGGUGCGUUCCAGGUACCUGGGAAUUGGGAACUCUGAGCUGGGAUUGAUGUCAGACCAAGGUAACGACAUUCUAGUCGUUCAAGUCGAAAUUUCAACAUGGCGACGCCCAUAAACGUUGUUAUCAAGGCCUCUUCCAAACAUUGUUUUAAGCUUUACUUCCCAUAAUCAAACACUACUUUCAUUGUGUUCAGUUUAUCAUUGCAGGCACGUCAUGUAACAUUGAUUUUACAAUUAUUUUCUCUUACGUGUGUGUCUCGUGAAAUAAACAUGUUUCCACCACAGCUUACUGCUGAUUAAGUGAGGAGCGGCCAUAUUGAAAUGCAAAGUCUGCCAUACAAGUAUCAACUGGAGGGAGUCGGAGUUUCUCCCAGCUUCCCAGUGGGAAUAAAUCCAACUUUUUUCCUACUAGGAAGCUGCCAUUUCCCCAGUUCAGAGUAUAACUGGAACGCAGUAUUAGUCUAAGGUUUAUCCUGACCUCUGACCUCUGAUGAAAAGGUAAUUGGUUCAGAUGUUCAAGAACAACAGAAUGAUUGACAAACAGUAAGUUCUGGAACACCAGUGAGCCAAAUAACAUCAGGUUGUGGUGCAGAACAAGAAAUAAAACUGGAAUGUUCAAUUUGGACUAGAAUUCAUUUAGUUUCUAGCUUUAGGUUUUUAGGUAAGAUGGAAAUUGAGCUUUUUUUCCUCACAAUGGUGAUAAAUUUCUUUAGUGAUGCCAAGGUGAGGGUCAUAAACCUAAACACACUGUACUAACUGUGAAGCACGGUCAGAAAUCCAACCAGAAUGAUAAUAGAUACAAAGAAGCAGCUGUUUUUUCAUCAACUUUUUAUCUACAAUUUAGAUCCUGUUUGUAUUGAAGAAUAUAUAAAAUAAACCUGAACAGCCGUUAACCAUCUACAGAGAAAUUAUGAUAAAAUAAAAGCAAACAAAUUGUUGUAAACAGUCCUGUUCCACUGACUGUGGUCCUGUUUUUCUAAUUAACUAUAAGACCCAUUGUUUUGUUUGCUGUCUAAUCUGGUUAUUUUAUUCUAAUAUGAAGUGCAGAUUAAUCGUUUUGAAUACGUGAACAUAUUGAAUUAUAAAGUAAAGUCUUGAAGGCUUGUGCAGCAGUUUCUACAGGAUCAUUCUAACAUGUCUAGGAUUAAAACAGAAAAAAUUCUGGUUCUGACCAAACCCACUGACACACAGACGGUUCUGACAAAUAUCCUGGUACCGUCUCUUGGUUUUAACAUCAGAAUUAAUUACAUCUGAUGAAGAUUGUUAAAUGUUUCUGUGCUGGUAAACUUUAUUCAGUAAUCAAAUAUUUGACACAGGUUGUCCAGCUACUUCCUGCUGUCUUUAUAGUCUUUCCCACCAGUAGUAACUUCCUGUUGUUGAUCACAUGACUCGUGUGAUGCGAAAUAAACUAAUACCUGAAAAACCUAAUCAUCCUCACUCAAAAACGUCUUAGCAUUUUGUUUUUUGAAAUUGCUUUGUUUCCAUUAAACAAAUUCAGUUUUGUUAUUCCAAUUUUGGCAAUAUUACGGUCAUCGGAAGAAAGGCUAGUGUGAAUAUAAUCUCCUUUUAUGUUUCUCACAAGUAAUAACUGACACCAACAUACAGCUAAUGUUUCCACAAACCUUCAUCUUUUCAGUUCCAGAGAGUUUAGACGACAUUUCAUCACACUGCUUUUCUACACUUCAGUGCUGUACUCUUCUGGGGAAUUGUAAUGAUUUGUACAUAUGAAGGUAAAUCUUGUGAAAUGAAAUACAGCCAGAGGAAGUCGAUCAGAAAACAAAUGUUUGCUGAACUCCCUGACAGCAACAGAGUUUUCCAGCAAUCAGGACUGCAAGUCUUUUUUUUUCUGUUUCUGUGGUUGAUCAGACUGUUUUUAAAUUUUGUGAUGAUAAUAAAAAUGAUGUGAGAAUUGUC